AAAACAUUUAUCACAAGGCCGAGAAGCCCCUCUCUCAUACCCAAAAAUAAAUAAAUAAAUAAAUAAAAAUAAAUAAAAAAAAUAAAAAAAGGAAAAACCUUCCCAACUCUCUUUCUCUCUCUGUUUUCCUCAAUCCCUCUCUGGCUUGAUUUGCCCUCUUUUUUCUUCCAAUGCAAACCUAUGGUGAUCCCCUACGUGUAAUCCCACCUUAACUAGCCGUAAACCCUCUCGAUCUCCCUACAACCAUGUCCCGCGAAGCUUCCCCUUCUCCGAUCUCCGGCGACCCUUCCUCCGACCAGUCCAAGCCCCAAAACGGCACUCCGGCGACCCAAAACGACACCACUACAACCACGGCCGUAGCUCCGGCCUCAGGACCUCCCCUCUCCAGGAGCAACCGCCCCUCUCGCGCGUGCACCAUACGCACCGCCGCGAGACUCUACGCGGCGUCUCAGCCGGCUGCGGAGCAGCGGAGGCUGAAGGCUUUGAAGAAGAAGAAGAAGGAAGAGGAGGAGGAUAGGAAGCAGGCUGGGGGCGAUGAGUCGCCGCAGUAUCAGCAACAAUGCAGUAGCAGUAAGAUCGUGACACCAUUAGUGGAACCUCCUCCGCCGGCGCAAUUUCCGCGGUGGACUCUACGUUCGAUGUGGGAGUUUGCGUCCGUACUCAAUUUCUUGCAUGUUUUUAGACCCCUUUUGAAUAUUUCGGUUGAGUUCUCAGCUGAGGAGUUUGAGACGGCUUUGCUUAAUCCCAAUGACACUCUCAGUGAUAUUCACAUCCCUCUCUUAAAGGCGAUACCUCCUGUUACACGAAUGGCACUUACACGUGAUACUUGGGUUACUGUUUUGUGCAGAAAGUUGAGGGACUGGUGGCAUUGGGUUGCAGAUGGGGAUCUUCCCAUCGUUGCUUCACAUGGGGCUGAGAUUGAACUAUAUAAAACACUUGAUCCUGGAGUUCGUGUGGUCAUCUUAAAAGCACUUUGUGACAUUCGCGUGGAGCAAGAUGACAUCAGGAACUAUAUUGACCAUUCAAUUAAACAUGGUAUUCCACUUGCAACGUUUCGUAAAGAACGCGUUGGGGGUGACUCUCAUGGAAUUUCAUACUGGUAUGAAGAUGAUGAAAUGGUUGGUCACAGACUUUACAGGGAGAUAAGAAAAUUUGAAGUGAAGAAAGCGAAAGCAAAGGGCUCUCAAGUCCCUCUCAAUGCAUCAUACCAGUGGGAAACAGUUGCAACCAAUUUCGAUGAAUUCCAAGAUGUUUCUGAGAAACUCUUCUCAAGUAAUAAUAGAACAGAGGCUUCACUAGGGAAAAAGUUAAAGAUAGACAUGCUUCCUGAGGUUGAAAGGGUUCAUAAGAGGAAAGAGAGGUUACUGAAGAAGCAGCACAGACAAGCUCUCCUUCUUGAUAAUUUUUACAAUAUGGAUGGGCUUGCUCCAGGGCGCUCCCUUCGAGAUAGAAAACCUGUCACAUAUACUUUUGAUGAUUAUGAUCGGUCCAUCAAUGAGGCAAUCAAGAUUACCAAGCGAAAGCAUCCAUCCCCAGAACCUUUAUACAAAAGGGAAGGAAUGGUAAAACCUGAUGUGUCUACUAAUGGUAAAUGGAGCGGUCCUUCGCAUUCCUCUCAUCAUGUUGGUUUUAGUGCUCUGUCUCCCAAAUCACCUGAUUAUGAUGAUGCUGAUGAAGAUAGUAAAUCUGAUCUAAUGGAUAGAAGCAAUCGGCGAAGACAGAGGCCUCAACGCUAUUCUGAGAAAGAUUUUGUAGAAGCAGUUUCUGAUAAUGAUGCAGAGUUUGAUAGCGAUGAUGACAUAAUGGGAGAGGCUAUAUAUGAUGAAGAGUAUUUGAGGCAGCGUAAACAGAAGAGGAAAUUGUCCAGUAGCUCUGAAGGAGAUGAUGAGUAUCGUUUUGAGGAAGAAAAUCCUGAAGAGGAGGAAGAGGAGGAAGAGGAAGAUUCUUUAAGUAUUAGUGAGGAUAGUGACGAGCCCCAAAAAUUUAAGAAAUUGCCAGGUCGUACCAGGAGGGAAGUUAAGUUGAGGUCUGUUGAUGACCUUCAGGCAGGUCUAAGACGAAGUAAAAGGGCCACCAGAAACCGAAUCAAUUACCGACAGUACGAAGUGUCUGAAUCAGAAGCUGAUUCUAUGAAGUGUGAAAAAUCAAAUACAUCAGAUGAACCCUCAGAACCAAGUGAGAACGGUGAUUUUUCAAUGGGAACUCAAGAGUCUGAUGGCAAUGAUGAUGACAAUGAUGUUGGCAAUGAUGAUGAGCAAGAAAUAAAGACUGUUGAGCCUGUUGAAGGUUACCCCGAGAUAGUAGAAAAACCUCAAACCCCACCUCCUGAAAAGUCAAAUAGCCCAGGUCAAGAGGAAGUGGAAGGUAUACAACAGAAAAGGCGUUUUCUUGACCUAAAUGAGAUUGCCACUGGUGACCUUAAUGAGGUUGCCCCGGGUGACUUAAAUGAGGUUGCCCCUGGUUCAGGCUUUGACAAUAGGGAAAAUACUAUAAUUAGGGAUGAUGAUACAGAUGAUUUCUGAAGCUUCCUGCUCUGCUGGAAAAGCUGGGGUUGUUUUAACCAGGAAGCCAAAGUGUAUGAUAUUGAAAUUUUUAAAUUUUGUGAUAAAAAAAGCCCAUGGUAGAAGCUCUACUGUUAGUCUUUUUUCCAUGGCAUUAAUUUAAGCCAAACUACCUUGGUGUAUGAUGAUCUGCAGCCAGGGAUCAAAAUGAUGCGGAGUUACUUAGAGUAGGUAGUCAUUUUUUAGUAUGUCAAGAUUCAAAAGAAACACCCUGCAGAAGAUGAUGAAGAAUUUGUUGGGAUUUCUUUAGCUCAUCAGAUCAAUCAAUGUACAAUAACCUUAUUUUCUACUAAUAUUGUAACUGAGAAAAUUUGGCUUUAGAUGUGCAAGCCUCUUAGUAUCAUCAUCACUUUGUGGUCAUGAAAAUUGAAUACUCCUGCGGAUUUGGGUUGGUUGGUCACAUGACUGGUCCUAUUUGUAGUGGUGCCAUCUCCCUCAAGAAAAAAGAAAAAAAAAAGUAGCCAAUCUUAUUUUUUGUGUUGUUUA